AUGACAGAAACAAAGAUGCAUUUAGAAGAUUGGCUGGAUGACCUGUGUGUCCGCUUCAUUAUAAACUUGCCCCGGGAAGAGCUCGAAUCGGUCGAACGUAUAUGUUUCCAGGUCGAGGAAGCACAAUGGUUCUACGAGGAUUUCAUCCGGCCGUUGGACCCGGCUCUUCCUUCACUGUCCUUAAAAGCUUUCGCCUUGCGUAUCUUCCAACACUGUCCGUUAAUGUCACAAUGGUCACAUUACCAUCACAUCACAGCAUUUUCGGAGUUUCUGGCAUAUAAGACUCGUGUUCCGGUGCGCGGGGCUAUAAUGCUUAGCCAAGACAUGGACGAGGUAGUUUUGGUCAAAGGCUGGAAGAAGGGUGCCAAUUGGAGUUUCCCACGAGGCAAAAUCAACAAAGACGAAAAGGAUCUAGACUGCGCUAUCCGCGAAGUCUAUGAAGAGACCGGCUUCGAUAUUCAUGAAGCUGGGCUCGUUAAGAACGAAAAUGACGUUAAGUUCAUUGAAAUCACUAUGCGAGAACAGCACAUGAGAUUAUAUGUCUUUCGUGGGGUACCUCGCGAUGCUCACUUUGAGCCACGCACUAGGAAAGAAAUCAGCAAGAUUGAAUGGUACAACUUGUCGGAGCUGCCAACGUUGAAGAAGAGUAAGCAGCAAGACCAGGGCUUCGCGGUUGCAAACGCGAAUAAGUUUUAUAUGGUCGCACCGUUCAUGCAUCCGCUCAAGAAAUGGAUCGCACAGCAGAAGAAGCUCGACGCGAAGAUGCAAGUGGGUGCGACUCAAGUGUUACAGAAUGAGGGAGAGAUGUCGAUGGAUGAAGGUUUUGCGGCACCUAGUCAGUCUCUAGGACUGGCUACUUCUAGCGACCUGCCCGAGGUUGCGCCAUCUCAGGAUGCCUCCGCCCACCUCAAACGCCUCUUGAACAUCAACGACGCUGUUCAUACGCAAGUCCCGGCUCCCUCUAUCGAUACAUUACCAGCUAGCGCCUCUAAAUCCAAUGCUCUUUUGGAGCUUUUGAGAAGUGGCUCCUCCCGCGGGCCCACUCCACAGGCCCCGAGCAAUGAACAAACGUCGCCAUCGCAUGCUAUUCCUGCAGCAGUGACUCCUCAACAUCCAUCUUAUCCUGCUCCGACCUUGUUCCCAGGCUUUCCUGUGCAAGGUCAAAGUGCACAGCCUGGUUAUCUCGCACAGUUUUCACCACGGCAACCGCCUAGCGCAUUAUCUCAUAUACCACAUACAAACAACCGUGUCCUUGAUCAGCAUAUGUCUCAGCGGUCAUUGGCCCAAUCAUCUCCCGCGAUGAAUCAGCAUAGCCGUCCAGCUGGGUAUGGUGGAAUGGAUGCUUAUACUUCGCGCCACAUAUCUAUACAACCCUACAACGACGCGCAUUUGCCGUCCGGUCCGCACGCUGCACCGUCAAAUCAAGCACCUACGGCCCCUUACCAGCAGACUGGAGACCCGUUUUCCCAGCCAGCUCAGCCCCCCCAAAUUCAAGGAGCGAGUGUGCCGCCUGCCAGUAAGCUACCGCCUCCGAAACUCACAAGCCACUCAUUAGCGCUAUUGAGUGUUUUCAAGGAUGAAUCCUCGAAGACACCUAAGACUUCUCAUGCAUCCUUGACACCACAGCCAGAGCAGGUGCCCAUGAGUGGGCGCAAGUCGUCGCAGCAUCAAGACCAAUUGUUAAGCCUCUUGAGAGGUUCUCCGGUUACCUCUGGUUCGACACCAGCCGAAUUAGCAGGCCAUGCAAACUCUCCCACUAGAAAGCAGAUUCUACAGCGGCCACGUGAUUUUAGUCCUACCCAACAAGCACUCACUUACACGAGUGCGGCACCAAGGGUUAAUCCCUUGAAUUCAAGCGCAGCGCCUAGAUCUGUGCAUCCACCACAGCCUGGCGCAACUGCUAAGCCACCUGGUAAAAAGAACCAGAAUAUUCUGAAUCGAAGGAACAAGGAUCGACAGCCACAGGGCCUCUCUUCACCCAUUACAAUUUUAGCUAGGCCCCAAUCCGCUAAAAGGGAGCAAUCGCCUAAUCCAGCAGUGGCUUCAUCCUCGAGGACUUCGUCCCGUACCCGCAAGGAUAGUAAGCCGAAGACCUCUGAACCCCCGAAGCCUUUCCAACCACAAAUCCUACGCCGUUCUCAAAACUUGGACCAUAUACUCCCUGUACGGACCAAGGGACCGCAUCAUUCAGAACAACAAGAUGGUCCUCAGGUUCCAAGCACCGAACAGGAGGCAAGCAGCUUUGAUCGCCGACCAAGUCAAUCCGCUGCUCAAAAAGAGACUCUUCUCUCCCUUUUUGGCAAACAGCCGGUAUCACCGGGCGUUCCGCCCGCAGUAGAGCUCAAUGUCCACAUCUCAGGACCAAAGCCAGUAACAUCAUCCGUUGUCAGUCCGCUAUCGCCUCUUAAUCUCCCCACUCCGACUGGGAUGAGUGGAGAACCUCCCGCGUCAGAAGAUAACGGCAGCCUGAAUGCGAGAGUGUCUUCACCAGAUAACAAGGCUUUCUUGCUUGGAUUUUUGCAAGGGGUUGCCAAGGGGAACAAGUAG